UCAUCGGGCAGUGCACUCUGCAAAUAAACAAACAUACUUCAAAAAAUAUGGGGCGUCUCGUUAGUGGAGCUACUCUUUUGGCUUUGUUAUGUUUCCAUGUUUUUGUGGUCAAUGUUGCAGCGAGAGAUGUGAUCUCGGGAAGAGAUGAGGAUGAGAAGACUUUAGUUGGAGGGGGCAAGGGUGGUGGCUUUGGCGGGGGAUUUGGAGGAGGAGCCGGUGGUGGGUUUGGAGGAGGAGCUGGUGGUGGAUUUGGAGGAGGAGCUGGCGGUGGUGGUGGAGGAGGUGGAGGUGGAGGAGGUGGUUUUGGUGGUGGAGGAGGUUUUGGUGGUGGACAUGGUGGAGGUGUCGGUGUCGGUGGUGGAGUUGGCGGUGGUAUUGGAGGUGGGGGUGGACACGGUGGAGGAGCUGGUGGUGGGUUUGGAAAAGGUGGAGGGAUCGGUGGAGGAAUCGGAAAGGGUGGAGGAGUUGGCGGUGGCAUCGGUAAAGGAGGCGGCAUUGGUGGUGGAAUAGGCAAAGGUGGAGGAAUUGGCGGGGGUAUCGGCAAAGGUGGAGGUAUUGGUGGCGGGAUCGGCAAAGGUGGGGGUAUUGGUGGUGGGAUUGGCAAAGGUGGAGGAGUUGGCGGUGGUUUUGGUAAAGGCGGUGGUGUUGGCGGUGGAAUUGGCAAAGGAGGCGGAGUUGGUGGUGGUUUCGGCAAAGGCGGAGGAGUUGGUGGAGGAAUUGGCAAAGGUGGAGGAAUUGGCAAAGGCGGAGGCAUUGGUGGUGGAAUAGGCAAAGGCGGUGGAAUUGGUGGCGGCAUUGGCAAAGGCGGAGGCAUUGGUGGCGGAAUUGGCAAAGGCGGUGGAAUUGGUGGCGGCAUUGGCAAAGGCGGAGGCAUUGGUGGCGGAAUUGGCAAAGGCGGAGGCAUUGGUGGCGGAAUAGGCAAAGGCGGUGGAAUUGGUGGCGGAAUUGGCAAAGGCGGUGGAAUUGGUGGCGGCAUUGGCAAAGGCGGAGGCAUUGGUGGCGGAAUUGGCAAAGGCGGAGGCAUUGGUGGCGGAAUUGGCAAAGGCGGAGGCAUUGGUGGUGGAGGUGGAUUUGGUAAGGGUGGAGGUAUUGGCGGAGGUAUUGGCAAAGGCGGAGGCAUUGGAGGCGGUAUUGGCAAAGGUGGAGGUAUUGGCGGAGGAGGUGGAUUUGGUAAGGGUGGAGGCAUUGGAGGCGGUAUUGGCAAAGGCGGAGGCAUUGGAGGCGGUAUCGGCAAAGGCGGAGGCAUUGGUGGCGGUGGUGGAAUUGGUGGCGGCAUCGGAGGUGGAGGAGGCUUUGGUGGAGGAGGUGGAUUUGGAAAAGGUGGUGGAAUCGGUGGUGGAAUAGGCAAAGGAGGAGGUUUCGGCGGAGGAGGUGGAUUUGGGAAAGGUGGAGGUAUUGGUGGAGGAGGUGGAUUUGGAGAGGGAGUAGGAUUUGGCGGUGGAGGUUUUGGAGGUGGAGGAGGAGGUGGAGGCGGAGGAGGAGGCGGAAUCGGACACCAUUAAACAAAAACACAUGAAGAAGUUGCAUUGAGUGCAUGUCUCACGUCACGUACAACAUGGUUUACAAGUUUGAGAGUGUUAUUGUUACCAAAUAUAGUACUAGUUUUAUCUUUUAUGUACUUUGUCUCUAUUUGAAUUACGAGCUAUGAGUUUUGUUAGACGCACUCUAAUAAUUUUCAUUUUAUCAU